GGCGGACUGUCACACCACUCCUCUCCCUAGACCGGCACAAAGAGGCGGAGACACUUCCUCCAGUGAGAAUCGGUAGCAAGCUUUUGCUUUCUGAGCCCUUCGUCUGGCCGUUUUUGUUGCUCGUCCAGUCAGCCAUAGCAGUACGAGGAGAGAGUCGCCACGUAAUCGAGUAACAGCGAGCAAGAUGGCUGCUACCAGUUUCCAUCGGUUCAUGUACCUGCCGUUUGAGCUCCGGGCUCUGGUGUGGGAGCUGACUGCCGAACCCCGUAUCGUCGACGUUAAUAUAGUGUGCAGAGAAACUACACGAACCGACUACGGAGCACAUGAUUACAGAGUGCUAGAGAGAAACGUGAGUUCCUUUACACCGAUCCCGGCAAUCGUGCAAGUCUGUCGCGAAGCUCGUCAGCUGGGGGUUUAUCGACAGCUCUUCUCCGAGUUGGAAGACGUGCGGGACGGCGGUGAACGGCGCUAUGUUUGGCUUAACCUGGAGCUUGACAUUAUCGACGUCUGGAAGGCACCCUUGGGGAGCUUUAUCCCUGUUGCAGCCUCGAUCAAACGACUCAAGUUCACGAGGGAUUCAGUCAUCACUGAGGAUAUUAUAUGCCUUGGAAAGUGUGUCAACUUAAAAGAGCUGCAUAUAGACAGCUCUGGAGACUACUCGUUCAAUUUCUAUGAGGUGUUCAAGAGAUUUCCUCUCCAUUGCGGCAUGGAGAACAUUCUCAUGGUUGACGCUUGGUUAGGUCUGGUACCACUAAAGGUGGAAUAUGUAAGUUACUAUGGGAGGCAGUUUACGGCAUGGACGCUAAGGAGAAUCGAGACAGACCUAGAGUCUCGCGGGAUUCAAUGGGGGCUGCGAGGAGAGGCCGCUUCCGGUUCUGUCAACCUCUGAACAUACAGCGUACAUCUGACAAAAAGCUGGUAGAGUGAAGGUUGACGAAGGGGGAUCACCGAGAAAGUUAUAAAAGAAGGAAGUCGGCAGGUCCAAACAGCAGCGUAUAGAUGGGGAAUAGGAUCUCGUAUCAUGACUCUUUAGAAGCAGUCUUGGGUUCGCUUCAAACAUGUACGUUCAAUUUC